AUGGCAUGUGAAGGAUUAGCAAUACUGCCAUUCAUUCUUGCGAUCUGGACAAUUUCAGGUCUCGUCACUAGUUUAGUGAUAUAUGAGGUUUUACACCAAGACCCUAAGCAUAUUCUGCCGACAAUAAGCUAUCUCGGUAAUUUCAAACCACAGAUCAUUAUCCAUGCUGUGGUUAUUACCAUUUCCACCAUAUUGGGAAUAGUGACAGCGGGAGCAAUAUACAGAUUCAUGCAGCUGAAAAGCCAAAUGAGCGAUUUUAAUAUAUCACCAUGCUGUGCAAAGGCUUCCUUCAUCACCGGGUGUUUAUGGUGCAUUGGGUUUGAAAUUGCUGGCAUUGUACCGUCAAAUCAAUACGGACUCGUACAUGCUAUUGGAGGAGGAGGUGCAUAUCUGUUUGGGGAGAUCUACAUAAUAUCUCUGGCAGUAAUCACCUACAGAGCUAGUCCUCGAUGGAACAGCAAAACCGUGUGUAACAUCAGAAUUGGACUGGCUUCGAUUACACUGAUUUUCUUGCUGCCUUUUGCUGUGUGCACGAUCCAUCUUCAGGUGAAAGGCUAUGGUAACCCAACAAUUUAUUUCAUCACAGCAUUAUUUGAGUGGCUGUCCACAUUUGGAUUGUUGGGCUUCAUGCUGACUUUCUUUCCAGAGUUUCAGCAAUUAACGUUCAGAAGGCCAGACAACUGGAAGGAGAACUGGAUUGUCUUGAGACAGAAAAUCCAAGACCCGGAAGACCUUCCAUAAAGAUAACAUCGACGUGACAUGACGCUAAACAUUGCCGAAGUUGGUACCGCAAGAUCCAUUUGGCAUUACAUUAAGUUUCAACUGCCCUGACUGCCUGAGUCCUGGGGCAAUUUCUGAACCAUCGCAUCCUGCUCCUGGGAACACUAGGGAAGAACAGAGAGUGAGCAUUGUUCAACAGCUGUCUAAGACUAUCCAGAGGCGUUUCU